ACCAAGAGAAGAGACGGGUCGGAGUUGGACGCCCGCCGCCACCGUCCGUAUAUACCACCUAUCCGACACAUCCCCAAACCGAUUUCCACUUUUCUCUUCUCCGCCAGGAAUUUCCGCCCAAAUCCGUCGAUCCCAAGGCCUGAUCCCGCCGGCGACGAUGCUGGAGGAGCUGCUGAUCUUCACGCGGGGCGGCCUCAUCCUGUGGUCGUCCUGCCGAGCCCUCGGCCUGGCGUCACCCCUCAAGGGCUCGCCGAUCGACGCGCUCAUCCGCUCCUGCCUGCUGGAGGAGCGCGCCGCCGACGCGGGAUUCACCCAGGACAACUACGCGCUCAGGUGGGCCUUCAGCAACGACCUGGGGCUCGUCUUCGUCGCAGUCUACCAGCGCAUGCUGCACCUGCUCUACGUCGACGACCUGCUGGCCGCCGUGCGCAAGGAGUUCUCGCAGAUCUACGAUCCCAAGCGGGUGGACUAUGAUGAGAGUGGGUUUACGGAUGUGUUCAGGCAGCUGCAUCUCGAGGCCGAGGCGCGGGCAGAGGCCAUGAAGAAGACUAGACAGCAGAACACCCUGCCCUCGGCACGUGCACCUGCUAGCGGCACCGGUAAGAAGCCCAGCGCUCUGGGUGGCCGUGCUGGUCCUCAGGGCGGCGGCGGUGCUGGGAAGAAGGGCGGCGCCGAGUCCGGGAAGGAUGAUUCUGAUAGCAGCGACUCGGGCAAGGACCACAACAACAAACUGACUAACGGCAGCGUCAAGGGGCACCAGAACGGCGGUGCCGCCACCAAGGAUGCCCGUUCUGCUGCUGACACCGGGAAGGAGAACGGGGACCCCAACGGCGGGGCCUUCGAUGUGAAUACCUUACGGAAGAAGAUAGGGGGCAAGAAGGGGGGGAAGAAGGACGCCCCCGCCGUCGCCAAGAAGGCGGAGCCCAAGAAGAUCGUCAAGAAGGACAGGGUCUGGGACGACCAGCCGCGCAAGGUCGGCAAGCUCGACUUCACGGACCCGGCCGACGAGAGAGGGGAGGAGAUGGUGGACAAGGCGAUUGAACACCAGGGGGAUAGCAUGAUGGAUAAGGAUGAAGUGUUGAGCAGUGAUAGUGAGGAUGAGGAUGAGGAGGGAGAGGAGAAUGCCCAGGCUGGGCAGAAGAAGAAGGGGUGGUUCACCUCCAUGUUUAAGAGCAUUGCAGGUAACAAUGUACUUGAGAAGGCUGAUCUGCAACCUGCACUCAAAGCUCUUAAAGAUAGGCUCAUGACAAAGAAUGUGGCUGAAGAAAUUGCAGAGAAGCUUUGUGAAUCAGUAGCAGCUAGCCUUGAGGGCAAGAAGCUAGGAUCCUUCACAAGAAUAUCUUCUACUGUUCAGACAGCUAUGGAGGAGGCUCUAACUCGCAUUUUAACUCCAAGGCGAUCCAUUGACAUAUUAAGAGAUGUCCAGGCUGCCAAGGAGCGUGGCAAGCCAUAUGUCGUUGUCUUUGUUGGAGUGAAUGGAGUUGGCAAAUCUACUAAUCUUGCAAAGGUUGCUUAUUGGCUUCUUCAGCAUAACCUCAGUGUAAUGAUGGCAGCAUGUGAUACCUUUAGAUCUGGUGCUGUGGAGCAGUUGCGUACUCAUGCCCGUAGGCUUCAGAUACCUAUAUUUGAGAAGGGAUAUGAAAAGGAUCCGGCAGUUGUAGCAAAAGAAGCCAUCCAGGAAGCCACUCGGAACAAAUCAGAUGUUGUUCUUGUUGAUACAGCUGGGCGUAUGCAGGAUAAUGAGCCACUCAUGAGAGCACUCUCCAAGCUCAUCAAUCUCAACAAGCCAGACCUAGUUUUAUUCGUGGGAGAAGCAUUAGUUGGAAAUGAUGCUGUUGAUCAACUUAACAAGUUUAAUCAGAAAUUAGCAGAUCUUUCCACUGUUCCUACUGCUAGAUUGAUAGAUGGUAUCCUGCUCACCAAGUUUGACACCAUCGAUGACAAGGUUGGAGCUGCGCUGUCCAUGGUUUACAUAUCUGGAUCUCCGGUCAUGUUCGUUGGAUGUGGUCAGUCUUACACUGACCUGAAGAAGCUCAACGUGAAAUCCAUCGUGAAAACCCUCCUGAAGUGAAUGUUACAUGUUGUACUCCAAUAUGUACCGCCUACCAAGUCUCUGUUAUCUUUAAAUCCCCAAUGACAUCGUCAUUUUCAUGUUGGGUCUGAAACUGUUGUCUUGCAACUGUCAUGUCUUGUUAACUUCUAUGUUGAUACUUUUGCGCCGAUUGGUGUACUUGGUUUCCCCAGAAAUACAAUAUUAUGUGACUUUA